UGCUACACAAUCUCAAAAAAGUCAUUCAAAUAUUCCAUGUUUUCUCUGCUAUUUCUGAACUCUUACUGAAUUGUCCAUAGAGUUUUCAAGAAUAUGAUCAGUUUCUUCAGAAGAAAAGUACCUCUUAUUCUAGUCUUUUGGAUGGCUAUUAUAUUAAUCACUAUUUUUGGUCAUUGUCAUGGCUCAAGAACCAGCUCUCAAGUAUUUAACCCAAGUAGCCAAAGAAACUCUCAUAAAUAUGGCCAUUUUUGGAACUUAUUGCCAAAGAGAAUUCCAAUACCAGCUUCUGGUCCAUCAAGAAAACACAAUGAUAUUGGUCUUAAGAGUACUUGGAGAUUUCCCUGAAAACUAAGUUUAAAUCUUCGAUCUGGCUCUACUAGAAGAAAUCAAAUACAUGCAUCUUCUUCUUUUUGGAGGAAUACUGUACAUUUUUGGGUUUCAAGACUUCUUUUUUCUUUUUUCUUUUUUUUCUUGACUUUGAUGAUAUAACAAGGAUUGUGUUAGGUUGAUUUAGCUUCUUUUGGUGAAGGUGACGAGAAAGGGAAAUUAUGAAAAUAUGAAAAAGAUGAAGAGGCUGAUAUAUGGUUAAUUAUUGGCUUAAUUCAAGAACAAUUUUUUGGUUUUUGUGGAUCAAAGUAUAAUUGAUCAGUAGCUGGUUAGGUGGUGCGGUUCAUUAGUAUGCUUUGAAAAGCUUGUGUAUGUAUUUUUGUAUACAUAGAAGAGAUCAUGAAAAUACAAGAAGAAAGACUCUAUUUUUCUAGAAAAUUUGUUG